AUGGGGCUGAGAACCUUGCCAUUGGACGGUGCGGCUGAAGACCCUCUGUACUCAUUUUUCAGUUCGGCUAAGAAGCCUGAAUCUCCAAAAACACCAACCACUCCAAAGAUGACCCGAUUUCCCCCUCUUCCCGUCACCUCAGACUCUGUGCGGACCAAGUGUAGAGAGAUGUUAACUGCCGCCCUGCAGACCGAUGGAGAUCACAUUGCGAUUGGUUCAGAUUGUGAGCUGUUGGCAGCCCAGAUCGAGGAGAUAGUCUAUGGAGAGGUGCAAAACACCGACAUGAAAUACAAGAACCGGAUCCGAAGCCCGAAGCCGAAUCGCCAAUUUGAAAGACUCAAAGAAUCCAGAUUUAAGAAAGAAUGUGCUGUGCGGCGCUAUCACCCCGAAGCAGAUUGCUGUCAUGACCUGUGAGGAAAUGGCAAGCAACGAGCUGAAGGAAAUGAGGAAAGCCAUGACCAAGGCAGCCAUUCAGGAGCAUCAGAUGGCAAAGACUGGAGGAACGCAGACCGAUCUGUUCACAUGCGGCAAAUGCAAGAAGAAAAACUGCACCUAUACCCAGGUGCAAACACGAAGCGCUGAUGAACCAAUGACCACAUUUGUUGUGUGCAAUGAGUGUGGAAACCGCUGGAAAGUAAGUU